GCUGCCAUAUGCUAUGAGCGUCCGUGCAUCGGGCAGCUUAUCGAUUAUCCCCAGAUUCUGGUCUCCUCGGAACCACCUACCAUUUACAAUACUCCCACCAUCACCGCUUUUACUCCUCAUCACGUCUUUUUCUUUUCAUCUCCUCAUUAUUAGUGAUUAUAACUACAUCCCUGUUACAUUCCCAGCAUCUUGCAUCAAACUGGUCAAUCAGUCACAAUGGCAAAAAUAUUCUUAACUGGAGCUUCAGGAUACAUCGGCGGGGAUGUGCUUUAUGCACUGAAAACGGCCUUCCCAGACUGCAACUAUACGGCCUUGCUGAGGGACGAGCAGAAGGCGCAGGCAAUUUCCAAAGACUAUCCUGAUCUGCACAUCAUCCUGGGAGACUUGGACUCGUCCUUGAUUCUCGAGGAACAGGCCCGUGAAGCAGAUAUUGUCGUUCAUACCGCCAGCUCAAACCACAUCAAAAGUGCCGAAGCCAUCGUCCGUGGGUUGACUGCGCCGGGAAGAUCAAAGCCAGGGCACUGGAUCCAGAUCUCCGGUGCGAGUGUUCUCUCCAUCCCGGAUAUCGAGAAGAACGCCUUCGGUGAAGCCUCGGCAAAUGUCUACAACGAUCUUGAGGGAGCAGAUGAGCUCCGAUCCCUCAUUGAACGGUACUCGGCAAAGCGGAUAGUGGACAACUUUAUCCUCAGUCUGUCUGCGAACCGACUCAAAACUGCACUUGUCUUCCCUCCAAUCAUCUACGGUCGCGGCAGAGGGUCUAUCAACCAGCGCAGCAUCCAGAUUCCCGAGCUCGCGAGAGUGAUAAUGCAACGCCGGGAAGGAGUUCAAGUAGGAAAAGGCGAAAGCACGUGGAGUAAUGUUCAUGUGUCGGAUGUCAGCAGUAUCUUUGUGAAGCUGGUCGAGAAGGCUUUGCAGGGUGAGGAUAGAGACUUGUGGAACGAGCAUGGGUUGUAUUUUCCCGGAAAUGGGAAUCUGGUAAGUUCAUACUUUGAUUCAUUCAGAGUGUUGCUAAUCGGCCAGUCAUUCGGAGCCAUCUCCGCCCGAGUUGCCCAAGAAGUGAAGAAUCUUGGCCUUUCUGAUUCCACAUCAGUAAUCGAAAUCAGUCAUGAGGAGGCGGAUUCACUGACUCCCCAUGGAGGAGUGCUCUGGGGAACGAAUGCUCAGCAGGUGGCGCAGCGAGCCCGCCAGUACCUCGGAUGGGUUCCUGCGGGAAGGACACUGGAAGAGGAGAUCCCAGCCACGGUUCUUGCCGAAGCCCAAAGACUGGGGCUGAAAUAG